GGCUGUACGGUUCUUUCCGGUACUAAGAUGGCGGCCCUCAGCUGCUGCUUCCGCCCUGCGCGGGGGGUGAACGACGGCGGCCAGGAAGGCAGUGCCAAGUGCCUCGUGUGAAAACCCAGGUGCGUGGGGCUGCAGCAGCAGCAUGUGGAGGUGAAGCCUGCAGCCGUGGUCACCCGAAGAGCUUCACAUUUCACUAGGAUCAAAAUGCUCAAUUCUAGAGCCAGAUCACAUCGAGGCCUCAGAAGUGGCCGGGAAGCCAGCAGACGAGAGCUGGUGUCUAGAUCUUUUCAGAGUGCUCAGCAUUGUCUGGAAGAACAGGAUUUUGGAACUGCUUAUGCUCAUUAUCUCCUGGUACUGAAUCUUGCUCCUGAACUAAAAAAUGAUGUCAAGGAAACGUUUCAGUAUACCCUUUUCAAGUGGGCAGAAGAGCUAGAUUCUCUUGCAAGAAUUCAAGACCUGUUUAACUGCUAUGAGCAGGCCCUAGAAUUGUUUCCUAAUGAUGAAGUAAUAUGUAACAGCAUGGGGGAACAUCUCUUCAGAAUGGGCUUUAGAGAUGAAGCAGCUGGAUAUUUUCAUAAAGCAGUGAAGCUAAAUCCUAACUUUGCUGAUGCAAAGGAAAAUUUUUACCGUGUUGCAAACUGGCUGGUUGAACGUUGGCACUUCAUCAUGCUGAAUGAUAUCAAGAGGAAUCUGACUUACCAGAAAGCUAUAGAGAAGAUGGUCCACUCUGGAUGCAGAUCUGUUCUAGAUAUAGGAGCAGGAACAGGAAUACUGAGCAUGUUUGCCAAAAAGGCUGGAGCUCUUCAUGUUUAUGCUUGUGAGUUAUCAAAAACUAUGUAUGAACUUGCUUCUGAUGUCAUAGCAGCAAAUAAUAUGGAAGGAGAGAUUAAACUUAUGCAUAUGAAGUCACUUGAUGUAGAAAUUCCAAAGCAUAUACCUGAAAGAGUUUCCCUAGUUGUCACAGAGACUGUAGAUGCUGGAUUAUUUGGAGAAGGGAUUGUGGAGAGUUUGAUACAUGCUUGGGAGCAUUUGCUUUUACAGCCAAAGCCCAAACAUAAUGAUGUUCGUUUUGAAAACUACGGCCAAGUUAUUCCUGCGGGUGCUACUGUAUUUGGGAUGGCAGUGGAAUGCAAAGAAAUACGCAGACACCACAGAGUGGGAAUACAAGAAGUUGCCAGUGUGCGUUUGGCAGACACAGUGGAGUUCUGUAGUCCAACACAUGCUUCGGUAAACUCAGAGGAGACUCUUGAACCUUACACCACAGAAAAACUCAGUAGAAUUCCUGGGGGUUACAUGCCUCUGACAGAACCCUUUCAAGUCAUGACAGUGGAUUUCAACAAUCUCCAGGAACUGAAAAAUCUUGCUACUAGAAAACCUUGCAAGAUCAGCGUACCCAUCACUCGAGGAGGACUUUUGGAUGCUGUUGUGGUGUGGUUUGUGCUGCACCUUGAUGAUGAACACACUCUGUCUACAAGUCCCAGUGAGGAAACUUGCUGGGAACAGGCAGUCUACCCUGUUCAGGGCCUUCUUGAUUAUUCCAGGAAACCUGGAGACGUUGUGAUGCUGGAAGUAAGCUGCCAGGACUGCUAUCUGAGGAUCCAGAAGAUUUCUGUUUCCCCUUCAGAGUGCAGAAUGGAUGUUGAAAGGGAAAAUAUGCCAGCUUUGGGCAAUGAGGCUGAGCUGUGUAGCGCCCUUGCUAGUCUUCAGACUACCAGCAAACUAGAUAGAGUGGGUCAUGAAUGUGUGCUGGAAUCAACUGAAAUUGCUUUACUAAACAAUGUGGCUUAUCAUGAAUGCUUUAAAGCUGCCAUUAGCAAAGUAUUGUCAUCUUUUACCUCAAAUACAGAACUGCAGUCAAUGGAUGUUGAUGGCAGUGAAAGGAACCUCGGGGAGAGUCGAAACAAGGAUUCCUUGCAGACAAGCACUGACCCUUUUUAUAUUUUAGAUGUGUCUGAGGGCUUUUCAAUACUGCCAAUAAUUGCAGGUAAACUUGGGCCAGUGAAAGCUUACAGUUCUGUUGAAAAAGAGCAGCACCAAAUAGCCCUUAAUACAAUUUCAGAAGCCAACCAUUUCCCAAAAGAAACAUUAGAGUUUUGGCUCAGCCACUUAACGGAUGAGAGUUCGGUGUUGCAGAGACCCAAAUCUGAUAAAUUGUGGAGUAUUAUAAUCCUGGAUGUCAUAGAAGCUUCUGGCUUAAUCCAGCAGGAGGUGAUGGAAAAGGCAGCAAUAUCCAGGUGUUUACUUCAUUCUGGAGGGAAAAUAUUCCCACAGUAUGUGUUGAUGUAUGGGAUGCUUGUAGCAUCACAGUCUUUAUUACUUGAGAGUGCUGUUCAAGGGACAGAACCCACGCUUGGGUUUAAUAUAGCACCGUUUAUCAACCAGUUCAAGGUGCCUGUUCGUGUGUAUUUGGAUCUCUCUACAUUACCAUGUGUGCCCUUAAGCAAGCCAGUGGAGCUCCUAAGACUUGACUUCAUGAACCCUUAUUUGAACAGCUCCACUAGAGAGAUAAAGGUGCAAAUUUGCAAGUCUGGUCAAGUCACUGCCAUUCCAUUUUGGUAUCAUAUACAUCUAGAUGAAGAUACUAGUUUGGAUACAUCAGAUGAGUCCUCCCAUUGGAAACAAGCUGCAGUUGUUCUAGAUAAACCCAUCCCAGUUAAGCAAGGAGAGGAACUUGUGCUCAGUAUUCAGCACCAUAAAAGCAAUGUCAGCAUCACAGUAAAAGAGUGAAGAAUAGUCAUCUGGAAGUUGAAAGAAAAUAAUUUAUGUAUUAUCUAUGCAUACUAGUUGGAUUGCUCAGCAUUUGAGAUGUCUUGCAUAGCAUGAGCAUAAAAUCUAAAUCUUAUGUACUGAACCCAAAAUGAUAUGUUUAAUAAUGGCAAUUCAGUUAAUAAAUUUUUAUUUUGACAAGA